GUCGGAGUGCGGGCGGCGGCGGCGGCGACUGGGCCUACUUUUCCACGGAUUAUUGGGCCUUUUCCUAUCGGACGUGGAAACCAGAAUUUUGCCGACUGCAAAAUAAUGCCCCUACGAAUCUCAAACAAUGGAUCGUUCCGAGAAAGAACGAGCCUUGUUUUAGCUAGUUAAGACAUAUAUUAUGACCGAACAACGGUUUGUUCUAGCUUACCUUAACACUCUCUCUGUCUGUCCCUUCUCCCUGUUCUUUUUUGGGUUUCGUUUGGGAAGACCCAACAACCAGACCAAUAUUAGUUGCAUCCACUCUUGACCUCAUGAACUGUCCAUUCAGAACACUCAAAUGCAGCCCUGCAAGAAAGCAGCCAAAACUGAAAGUGGUGCCUUUAAAAAGCUUGAUGCAAGGGCAUUGAAGAAAUGAGUGGUAAAAGAUGGGUAUCUCAAAUCUCUCCCCUUGCCUUGUUUAUGGGCUGAUGGGGCUUUGUGGUUUCUUGUCUGUGAGCCACAGCUUGACGUUGGAUUACUAUGCCAAAACUUGUCCCACUGUGUUGCAGGUUGUGAGGAAAGAGAUGGAGUGUGCAGUGCUUUCUGACCCACGCAAUGCAGCUUUUGUUGUCCGCUUGCACUUCCAUGACUGCUUUGUUCAGGGGUGUGACGGGUCGGUUCUGCUGGACGACACGAUAACGUUGCAGGGAGAGAAAAAGGCUUCCACCAACAUUCACUCCUUGAAAGGCUUUAGAAUCAUUGACAGGAUAAAGAAUAGCCUUGAAUCUGAAUGUCCAGGGAUUGUUUCUUGUGCAGACAUACUCACUAUUGCAGCCAGGGAUGCAGUCAUUCUGGUGGGCGGUCCUUACUGGGAGGUUCCUCUAGGAAGAAUGGAUUCCACAACUGCAGGUUAUGAACUAGCAGACACAAAUCUUCCCUCUGCCAAUGAGGGGCUUCUGAGUAUCAUCUCCAAGUUUCUUUAUCAGGGUCUCUCUGUCACUGACAUGGUAGCUCUAUCAGGAGCGCACACGAUCGGGAUGGCGAGGUGCGAGAAUUUCAGAGAAAGGAUUUACGGGGAUUUUGAAGCAACUUCCAACGACGGUAACAACCCGAUCUCGAAGUCGUAUCUCGACAAGUUGAGAUCUAUCUGCCCUCCAGUUGGGAAAGCUGCAGAGAACAACAUAACAGCAAUGGACAAUGUGACACCAGAGGUGUUUGACAACUCCUAUUUCCAUAUGCUGAUGAGAGGAGAAGGGCUUAUGAACUCAGACCAGGAACUGUAUUCAAGCCUUCUUGGCAUGGAAACAAGAGCACUGGUGAAGAAAUAUGCUGCUGAACCACUUGCUUUCUUUCAGCAAUUCUCUGAUUCCAUGGUGAAGUUGGGGAAUAUCACUAAUUCUGAUAGCUUUUUCACUGGGGAAGUUAGAACAAACUGCAGGUUUAUCAACACUUGAUAUCAUUUUUUGUGUUCCUAUGAAGAAAUUGCUAUCUGUUCUUUAACAUUGCUAUCUGUUCUUUACAUUGUAUGAAAUUCUGGGUUUGUUUCUUGGAGUUUAGAAAUCUUUGUAUUCUUGGAUUUGAAUAAUGAAAUG